AUGACUUUGAAGCUUUAUACAUGCGGAACUCCAAAUGGGUACAAGAUCAGUAUCUAUCUCGAAAUAUUGAAAUUAAAAUUUGAAACUAUACCAAUCCAGAUCAGUCAGGGUAUUCAAAAACAAGAAUGGUUCUUGAAAUUGAAUCCCAAUGGUAGAAUCCCAACUCUUGUUGAUGAAUCAACCAAUACUACUAUCAGUGAAAGUGCAGCCAUUUUGAUGUACUUAGCUGAUACCUAUGAUAAGGAAAGAAAAUUCAGUUACCUUCCAGGCACCAAGGAAUAUUUCAAGAUGUUAGAGGUCAGUUUUUUCCAAAUGGCAGGUAUCGGUCCAAUGCAAGGUCAGGGUAACUGGUUCCUUAUGUAUGCCCCUGAGAAGAUCCCUUAUGCUAUCGAUAGGUACGUUAACGAAACUAAGAGAUUAUAUUCAGUAUUGGAUGAAAUUAUUAAGCGUAAUAAGAAAGAAUAUGAUUCGGACUUUCUCGUUGGUCCACAUAUUAGUAUUGCUGAUGUCUUGUGUAUUUCCUGGGUUCCUGGUCUUACCGUUCACAAGACAAAUCUCGAGGAGUUCCCUAAUGUUCUUGAAUGGGCUACCAAAAUGCUCCAAAUUCCUGAAGUUAGAAAAGGUUUCCACACUCCCAAUAAGCCUCCUCUUUGGAAUGACAAAAUCCCUUCUUUUGAGUUGUGA